GGUUUUGUGGAAAAGUUUUAUUUUGGAAAUUCUCUGCUUUUUCUACCAUGUCUUUUCGCUUAGUAAUUAGAAUUAAAUGAGUUUGUUUUAUAUUUAAACCAAUGUCGUUCAUGGGAACUGUUGGUUCUGGGUACUAGUUUAUUUUUUGUUCUGAUAUUUGUGUUAUUUUUUAAUAAAAUCAGUGUGAGAUGGACUUCAGGGAGAAGUUUCCCCUGCACUGGCUGGUCUGGGAGAAUGACUACAGGCAGCUGGAGAAACAGAUACAAACGCACGGCGUGGAGGAGGUGGACCCGAGAGGACGCACGCCGCUGCACUUGGCCGUGUCUCUGGGUCACCUGGAGUCGGUGCGAGUGCUGCUGAGACACGGAGCCCAGGUCACCAAGGAGAACUCCAAGAACUGGACCGUGCUUCAGGAAGCGGUCAGUACUGGGGAUCCGGAGAUGGUGCAGCUGGUCCUGCAGCGGCGAGAUUACCUGAAAGCCUCCACGGCUCUGGCGGGCGUGCCAGAGUUACUCUGCAAGAUCCGGGAGUCUCCAGAUUUCUACAUGGAGAUGAAGUGGGAGUUCACCAGCUGGAUUCCAUUAGUGUCGCGUGUGUGUCCGAGCGAUGUGUGUCGUAUCUGGAAGAGCGGCACGAGUCUGCGAGUGGAUGCCACGCUGCUCGGAUUUGAGAACAUGACUUGGAUCAGGGGGAGGCGGAGCUACAUCUUUAAGGGAGAUGAGAACUGCGCCGAGCUGAUAGAGGUGAAUCAUGAAGACAAGGUGGUGGACACGGAGCGAUUCGAUAUCACGCGUGAGCUGGAUGAGGUCACGCUCGACUCCAUGCAGCCUGACCAACAGGAAGUGGCCAAGCGUCUGACCACGCCCAUCGUCAACACCUUCUUAGACACCAAGGACAUCUCGUUCGAGAGGUGUAAAUCCGGGAUCUGGGGCUGGAGAACAGACCGAACCGAAAUGGUGAACGGAUUUGAAGCGAAGGUGUUCUCCGUCAACAACGUGAACGUGGUGAUUCGCACGAGGACGGAGCACCUGACCGACGAAGAGAAAGCCAGGAUCAAAAGUGAGAGGAACGUGCUGGAGUGUUUUCUCGGGACCGUAGAGCAGCAGAUCAGUGCUCAGGGGGAUUUAACUCUGGAAUACGCGACGGCGACAAACCCGACCGCCAUUACGCCGGAGGAGUAUUUUAACCCGGACUUUGACCUGCAGGACCGAGACAUUGGCCGCCCCAUUGAGCUCACCAUCAGAACCCAAAGGUUUAAGGGGACGUUGUGGAUGAGCGAGGAGCACCCCCUCUCUCUGGUGGAGCAGGUCACCCCCAUCAUCAACCUGAUGGCUCGCACCAGCACACACUUCGCCCGGCUCCGGGACUUCAUCCAGCUCCGCUUCCCCCCGGGCUUCCCUGUCAAGAUCGAAAUCCCGCUGUUCCACGUGCUCAAUGCACGCAUCACAUUCGGGAAUGUGAACAAGUGCAGCACGGAGGAGCCUGCCGAGGCGAGCCAGUCCCCCACUACACCUUCACCAACGGAGGAAAAGGAAGGCGAAAGCACUGAAGCUUUAGAUGUCACACCGUUCCAGGUGUCCCCCUCUGUUUUUACGUUUCCUUCUGAUUAUCACCAACGUGGUGGCAGCAGACACACACACACACACCACCCCACCAACCACGACGAGGAGCUGCUGCAGUACGCCAUCCACCAGAGCCUGCUCGAGUCCAGCAGCCACAGCGCACAGAACCCUUGGAGCGACUCGAAUGGAGUUUCGACACACAGCAUGGCAGAAAGCUCUAGCGACGGGAAUGUCUCCGAAGGCGUCCUUGUGGAUCUCAGCGAGACCACACCCACCAGCACGGACUCCGCCUCCAGUCUGGACUCCGACCUCCGACUGGCCAUGGAGCUGUCGGCCCGAGCGCAGGAGGAAGAGGAAAAGAAACGGAAAGAGGAGGAGGAGGAGCUGGCGAGGAUCCUGCAACUCUCGCUCACGGAAAAAUAACGAUAAGAGGAUCAGAAAGAAACCAGGAGAUGACGGAAGGACAGAUGUGAAAGUCUGUUUCCUCAGCGGCACUUGACCUUCACUUCCCGCUCCGCCUUUUUAUUAUUAUAUGAUGGAACGAUCCAUUCGCUAAGACAAGAAUCAUCGCUCAUAGUCUAACGUUGAAAAACACACUUUAACUCGCUAAAGACCACAAAGCUCUUUUAAACAACAACACUUCCUGUUGUUCUUGCUCCGCUUUUCCUGAGACGACGAUGCUGCUGCGUCUCGGAGAUAAACUCCGAGCUGCUUCACUGAGACUGUGUGUGAGAGAGAAACAUUGUAUGUGUGAGUGUGCGUGUGUGUGAUAGUCAUUAGGUGUGUGCGUGUUGUAUAAGUAAGUAUACAGAACCUUAAAAGCAAGCUCUGUUUAGUUCUACGUUAUCUCAGGGUUCUUCCGUUUUUUUUUUAGUGACACGGUAACACGGAGGACGUUUAGAGAUCAGAGAACGUUCCGGUAGCUCCUGAGGGACGAGCACUUAAGAGUUCCAGCCUCAUGUUUUGUUAGCUAGAAAUUAAUAGUUGUUGGUUAAUGAUCCAAGCUGCUAGAACAACUAAGCGCCACUAUAAAAGGAUAGAAUAUAUGAUAAAGUUCAUGAAUAAAAUUAAACUAGGACCAACUGAUGCAUGGAAACAAAACACUCGGGGGCAUGCUGUUUUAGGAAAAGAAUCAUCCACAGUGUGGUUACUCGAACCGUGGUCACUGCUCCAGCUGCUGCUGAUUAUUUUACUAUAGCAGCACGACACAGUGUUUUAUUCUAACACUUCUAAAAUGAAGUGCAUCCUGUAAUCCAAUUCCUUCCUCUCCAGAAAAUUAGGAUUAUGUUAAAAAUCAUAAAAGUCUAGGUAAGGAUUAGAAUAUUAAUAUGAUCCGUAAUUUCGGGACACAGGGGCUAACACGGCUAAUAUAGCUUAAAGAAAGAUCGUUUUUAGAUUAUGCGGGACGUGUUCAAAAUAUCCGCUUACUUGUGAGACACGAGCGCCUCGGCUCCAAGAGCAAUACUGAAACCAUCGUGCCUCUUGAGAUGAAAAUGCUCGAGCGUAUGCUCAGACCUGGUGUAGAAGUGCUCGAUUUAUUUUUUUCUGGUGCAUUAUUGCAGUCUGACAAAAGUGACAUUUUCAUCCACUUUCCAUCGUCCUUCCAGCUGUUAUCCAGCCUUAUGAGACUCUAAAGUGUCUAAAGUGUAAAGAUCCAUCACUGUGACAUGAAGAGUAGAGGAAGAGUCUGACCUUCUCGCUUGUGUCUCCGUGCUGCCUGUAGAUUCCCCUUGCACAACUCGCAUUUGGAUGCUUGUGGUGCAAGAGACAGACGAGAGAGUUAAGAGGAAGAAUGUAGCAAGAGAUUUAUUUAAUUUGGUUCUGUCCGCACUUAUGGUUUAUAACUUGAGUGACACAGAUUGAAAAGUUCUGGUAUUUAGAGUCUGCUUGCGCACACCCUUAACUCGAUUCUGCUUCACACUCACAUUGGUGAAAACAUGUAGAGAAAAUUUAGACAGAAUUUAUUUAAUAGCAAGUAAUGCUGCCUUUAAACCUGAAAAGAAACAAAUCAGGGAUAGAAAAUGCUGACUGAAGAAGGAAACAUUAGACUAGUUGCUCAAGCGACGACUCCUGCGUGACCGCCUUGUAGCCUUGCUUUUAAUUAUUACAACAAAAUCAGUCAAGUCAUUUUGUGUGCAAUUAAAUCUCAGUCAAUUAAAAAAAGAAUAAGGUGAAGCUAACAAGGGUGUCACGAUAAGUGCAUUGGAACGUAGCCGGAUUGUAGCGCAAACUUUUCUACCGGUAUUGUAGCAAACACGACUAGCAUUUUUUCUCUCUCUAUCUCCCUCUCUCUCUCUCUCUCUCUCUCACACACACACACACACACACACGCUGCACAUUGUUAGUACAACAGAAGGAACCCUCAGCAGCGUGAAUGUAAGCUGUAUCCUUAUUUUCUAAAACAGAUUAAUUAUUGUUUAUUUUUUAUCCGAAACUAAAAAAAAAAAAAAAAGACAACUGUGAUUGUGAACAGUGUACAAGCAGUGUUCAAGAACCUUUUGUUCCUGGUGUUCUCUUGGGGUUUUUAUUAUAAUUUUUUAAAGGAACUAAUUGCCAAACAAGCUCAGUUUGACCAUAUCAGGGUUUAUUUGGUCUCAAUCUAAUGGCUGAUUAUCUGUUUGAGCUGAACUCUACAGUUUGAUCUGAGAUAACAUCAACAACUCUUUUCACUUAAUAAAAAGCACUUUACAUAUA